CCCCCCAGAAGCAGAAGAAGCAGAAGAAGAUAAGAGGGGAACGAGGUUGAAGAAGAAGAUCUCCAGAAAUGAAGGAGACGGAGAUCGAGGCCUGAACUGAAGAGAGAGCGCGAGAGAGAGAGAGACGCGACGAGGAGGAAGGAAGGAAGGAAGGCGGCGGCGGCGGCGGCGGCGGCGGCAUGACCAAGUCCGGCGGGGGGAAGCGCCCCUGCGACUACUGCGGCGAGUCCACCGCCCUCCUAUACUGCCGGGCCGACUCCGCUAGGCUCUGCUUCGCCUGCGACCGGGAGGUCCACUCCACCAACCCGCUCUUCGCCAAGCACUCCCGCUCCCUCCUCUGCGACGCCUGCGACGCCGCCUCCGCCUCCCUCUUCUGCGAGGCCGAGCGGCUCCUCCUCUGCCAGAACUGCGACUGGGAUCGGCACAGCGGCGGCGGGGGGGCGGCUCACAACCGGAGGCCGGUCGAGGGGUUCGCCGGGUGCCCUUCGGUGGGCGAGAUUUUGGGCAUCUUGGGCGUGGACGAUUUGGGGUCGAAGGGUCCGCCGUUGGGUGGUGAUGAGGGUGGGCAUGGGGGUGGUGGUGGUCGUGGGUUUUCGGAUGUUUUGCUUUGGGAGACUCCUGCUUUUGUUAGUCUCGAUGAUUUGAUCGUUCCCAGGGAUGAUGCGUGUGCUCUUCGGGCUGUGGAUGUUCCUCCUCUGCCUAAGAAUAGAAAUGCAACCUGUGGUCAGCACAAGAAAGAAAUGCUACGCCAGCUCCGCUUACUUGCUAAACCAGAAUCUAACUUGAACUUUGAAGGAGGGGAGAUUGAACCAUUGGAUGAUUUUCACUUGCCAGUUUUGAAUCAAGCUCUUCAGCCAGCAAAUAUUCACACUGGAUGUGAAGAUAGAGAUCAAGUUGGAUUUCACAAAAUUGAGGCAACUGACUUUCAGUGGUUUUCUAAUGACGGCGACGCCAGAAACCAAGCUUAUGACCGUUCUUCAUUCUUUGGUAGCUACGGAGAGGAAAGUCCUACAGCUUUAGACAAAUAUCCAGACAUCAGUUUUCUGAGUUCUGCCACUGAAUGUCAUGAAGUACCAUCCGAAAAUCCCAUCAAUUCAAAUCCUUUGCCACUGGUUCCAUUAACUAGCCAGGAGAGAGAGUCUGCAAUCUCACGCUACAAGGAGAAGAGAAAAACAAGGAGGUAUGAUAAGCACAUCAGAUAUGAAUCACGGAAAGCCAGGGCUGAGAGCAGGAUUAGAAUCAAGGGACGUUUUGCUAAGAUGGACAGGACCUGGUCCUCGUAUCCAAUUCUGUUGACCGUCCUCUUUUUCUUGGUGCACCACUUCGAGCUCCACUCAUCAAGAAGCAUCAAACCAAAUGCAUUGAAUAAAUGGGGUAUAAAAGGGUCGAGAGCUAGGUCGGUUGCCUUGCUUCAUGAUAUCAAUUGAAGAGCGACAUUCGUAUGUCUUUCUCAUAUGUAUGACAUAUUUUAUCACGAGAAGUAGUAACUGAUGGUGUAAAAUGAGUUCAGUUGCAGCAUCGGCCGUCUCGCUGCUAAUCUCAUGCAAUAUCGGCACUUUUUCUUACUGUACUUAAGCAAACUAGAGAGUCGUUAUCAGAAUCAAUGUAAUUUAUAGAA